CUUGGGGAUCUGAGGUCCAAAAAAGAAGUGAUAACCUAGUUUGAGGUAAGAAUUGAGUGUGUAGAAGGUGUGGAGGUCAGUGGCCAUCUGCAGACUUGGAUAAUCCUCAUGAGUAGAUUAGCAACACUUGUGUAAAGAUCACAUGUGAUGCUUCAGGUCCGCAGCUCCAUCGCACGCUUCAAUGACACAAGAAGAUUUGACCAAAAAUGUCAACACUGAUUAUGAGAAGAGAUGGAUUUUUCUUUUAUGUAACCGUCUCGGUGUGAAGCAAAUAUUCGAUUUUUUAAAAGGAGGACGACUUCUUUUUGGAUUAUUCUGCACAUUCUGUCUUUUACUCUGCAGACUGUAGAUUAGUAAUUCUGUCUUUUACUCUGCAGACUGUAGAUUAGUCAUGUAAGCUUUCAUCAUUCUUAUGAAACUACUGUGAGCUCUGUGGGACAUUUAACUCUCCAGAACGUUGUCAGUUCUCUCCGGCUUGGAUUGAGACGACCACGACACGAUGAUCUCCUACGUGGAGUGUUUGGGUGGAGACGGUGCGGGGCCCGGGGUGGCAUCUCGCUGCUGGAAUUUGGGGCCCGAUGAGGAGCUGGAUGAGCUUCUUCCCCGCAAGAUGGCGGCCCUUCAGCCCAAGACGCAGGGCAGUCUUCGGCGACGUCUGCUGAGUGCUAAAAUCCAUCAACACCACGAAGCUAUUUGGAGGAGUCACGCAGACGGCGCCGGAUGGCCGCCCGCAGGCGACAUGAAGACCCUCCCUCCUCAUCCUCCAUAUUGCGGCCCCUGGUUGUAUGCCCAGCACUGCACACCACCACCACCCCCCCACAUCCAUGCAACUGUCUCUUCACAAGCUCACAAUAAACUCUUUUUAAGUCCAGAAGUGAAUGACAAGCAAAGUCAGGUGCCUCGCCCUGCUCUCGCCCAGUGGCGCCGGACAAGCUUCUGCCCUCCCAGCCCACAGCCCCGACCUGGGUAUGACCGUCCUGGUUCCACACCUCAGACACUAACGGCACCUUUCAGGAAGUCCGACAUGCCGCCUCAGGUCCACUACCAUCCUAGCAGGAAGUGCAAGAAGAAAUUAUUCUGCUUUAAAAAGCAGCAAAGCUCCGCGCAGGAAGCCACACCUCUUUUACACAAAGCACGGGAUGGGGACAAGUGGCCUGUUCGAUACACUACCCAGAAUCCUCAGCAGGGUGUGCUCUUCAUCCCUGAAAAAAUACAAUCCAGUGGUCCUGUGGACUUGCAAGUACAUUAUGGACUAACUCAGAAUGGAGGCAGCAUACCGACCACCUCACUUCUCUGCAACUCAGCCCCUGACUUCUGCGCACCCUCUGGAAUCCACCAAUCAGAGGGCGCUGUGCGCAGACGCUGGUGGGACAAAAGCAGAAAGAUGAGGUCCACAUUCUGGGACUUUCUCUCUCAGUCGUGCUUUUCUGUUUGUCUCAAGUUGUCUGUUCAGAGGAGAAAGUCCUCAGUGUCCUCAGAUGAAGAGGAAACGAUCAUCGACAACAACACGCCACCUCUUACCCCACUUGUUCUCAACCCUGUUGAUCUCACUGCCUGUUGGAAUAUCUUCACUUGUGAGCUGGAGCUUGGAAUGAAAACAGAAGUGACUGCCCGACUCCCAACCCCAGAGGAGAAGAUGAGGCAGCAGGCAGAGGCCAUCGCUGCUGAAAUAGUUCCUAUCAACAUUACAGGUGAGAAUUUUGAUCGCCAGGCCAGCUUUCGAAAAGUAGCUUCCAACACUGACUCCAGGUAUUGCGGUUCUCGGAACCUAAGCUGCCGCAAGACAGUCACCAAGAUCCCUGUUGAUGCUAUCCAAAAACAAGACUUACCUGAGGGUCAGUCUUUUACAGAUGCCCGACUUGACUCCUCCCCCGGCCAACAGGAAGAACAUGAACUCGCCAGGAAGAAGAAAGAGUCGUUGUCAAGAAAGAUCCGAGCCCCUAAAGGGCAGGGGAUAUCCAGUCUCAUGGCAUCCCUCACCUUGCCACGUGUCAACUCAUAUCAUGGCCUUGUCCUCUCCUCUGAGGUCCACAGUCUCCCCCGCAUGCCCACCAACUCCUCCUUGUACUCAGACGACAGCUGUGACAGCGUCUCGUACAGUACACUUAGCGCCUCCUCUUCCUGUUCCCAGGAAUUCCCCAACGACCAUCAGCCCAUACUUCUCUUUGACCCCAUCUCAAGGGUCAUACCUCAGUCUCCUUCUUUAUCCAUUUCUCCCUCACAUCUCAGCAGCCCUGCCAAUCCUCAGAAGUGUGGGAGGUCUUCCCCCUGUGAUCAGGCUAGCCAGUUUCAAGAUGCAGCCCACAGCCACCCUAUUUCCUCCUCCAUCACAGUGUCUCAGGAUAGCUGUCCGACCCUUUCUGUCUGCAGCAGCGGUUUUUCAUACCACGGAGAAGGGUGCUUCGAGCCCACAUUUCCCAGCAUACCAGCUGGUGGCAACUGGAGUACCAUUGACCAGGAGACAAGUCCAGUUUCCCUAAUCUCCUCUGGUUGCGCUUCCCCUUGUAACAUUGAUGCCAAUGCCGUGGUUUCUGAGGAUGUGACCCCAUCUACUUUGCAGACUCGAAGCAGAUCAUCCAGUACCUCCUCUUUCCGCAGCAUCUUGCUUCGCAGGUCCAAGCGCCCACCUCCCCCACCUUUACGGUGCGACUCCCUCAGGCAUCAAACUGACCGCAGUAAGGCAUCUCGUCCAUUAUCCAGCCCCUCUCUGGAGCAAAGCUCUUCAUCAUCACUUCUGACCUCCCAUGAUCCCUGGGUACCAAGGAACCACACCAAACGCUUCCAAAGCGAGCUGCACAGUGGCACAGUCACUACCUUUGAACCUUUAGCUGUAGACCGCCAGGCAGCUUCAUCAACCGCUGACCACCCUGCCCUCAUCCCUGGUUCUCCAGUCUCAAAAGAGGAGGGGCUCAAAUCAUCUGUUAUCACCAAUCCAGCUGCUUCUUCAAUCCCAAGCCUUCAACAUCAAUCCAAUACUCCCCCUUCAGUCACACCUAUCUCUUCUCUUGUCACAACAAGCCCAGGAGCCUUCUCUCUUCCCCAAACGUUCUUUUUCUCCCCCGGUUGUGCAUCUUCCAUACCCCUGUGUCCCAAAACAUUAAAAUCCCACCCACCAGAGAGGAAGUCAUCUCUAUACUCUCCAUUUUCUUCCACCUCCUCCCUAUCAUCCUGCACCUCCUCGGACUUCUCUACCAAGUAUAUUCACACCCCACCCCACUUUCUUCCGGCUCCUCCUCCUCCUCUACCACCUUUAACUCUUACCCUUCCUCCUCCUUUUUCUCCACCUCUGCCACCUUUAUCUCGUACCUCUCCUCCUCUGCCACCUGUGUCUCUUAUUCCUCCUCCUCCUCCGCCUCCUCUACCGCCUACACCUCACCCCACUCCUCCAUUACCAUCUGUAUCCCGUCCCCCUCUUUGCUCACUUUCAUCUUGCAGUUAUUCUAAUCUUUUUCCUUCACCCAUUUCUACUUCCCUUUUGCCUUCAUCAAUUCCACCACCUACACCUUUUCCACCGCCUCCCCUUCUCCCUCUUACUUUUGCUGCACGGCCCCCUCCUCCUCCAUACUCCCAGUCCUCCCAUUAUGCUGUGCUAUCAAAGACAGUAUCAUCAACCCACUCUCCUCCUCUUCCUGCUGCUAUCCCACACUCGUCUAAGGGGUGGUACUCUCUUUCAGGCAUUAGUACAUCCCAAAAGACUUGUGUGAAAGGGUUAAACCUACUCCCACGCCCCCUCGUCACUUCACAGGCUUUGCAGGGUGUCAAGCUUCGGUCCAUUACCAACCAGGAAGUUCCAAACCAAUCCAGUAUCCCGCUUGUUGACUCCAAAGUUGUCUUGUUGUCAAGCAGCUGUGCUAAUGCUAAUAUUAACAGUCAUACAAAUGCUUAUCAGCUUGAUAUGAAAUCAGACGCAGCUUGUUAUAGUUUGGUCUCUACUGAUUCAAAGCAGCCUGGACUAUUGCCAUGUCCUGAAUUCAUGCCUACAAAUGAGUCUCUUUACACUUCUUUCCAUAAUGCUUGCCAAGAUGGUCAGUCAGAACAUCAUAAUGAGGAGGGAGAUGGCAAAACAGUCAGUGAUGUAAAGCUUUAUCCAGGUGAGGCUGUGAACUUGAAGACAAAGCCUGCUCUUCCAAACAAGUCAGACCUUAGCAUUGUUGGGGUAAUGGCGUCUCCAGAGUCCAUAGGAGGUCUGACAUCUGAUUUUGUGACAUGGAACCAUAUCACAUGUACCACGGUGGACAAAAUGGCACACAAACCUGACGACAUCUGUACGGUGUCACCUCCUGGUUCACCUCUUAUUCUACACGGGAAGCUAGAUCUGCCACUCCACAAUGAAUCAUUUCUAAAGAACGUUGGCCCAGUGAGUACCAUUAACACCACAGAAUGUGUCACUGCACCCUCAGGUAACAUAUUUCACAGUGACACCUCACAGAGCAAUCAUAGCUGCCAGUCCUCAAGCAAGAUGGGCACGUCACCAUCCUCCACAACCAGGGAAACUCUGUACUCCGGUGACGGUACAGCGAUAAGGCCGUGCUGCACUUUAGAGAUAUUAAAGAUUCGUAACACUUCAGCAUUCCAAACCAGUGCAGGGAAGCCACUUGGGCGAGAAGUGGACAGACAAUGUCAUGGUAAGAAGAUGAAGUUGUCACCAUUUGGGAACGAAGAAGAUCAGAAAGACAGACAAACACAAGAACAUACCAAAUCAUGGAGGAGGACAGCAAGUAGACGCCUGUUGAUGACAUCAUUAGCUAGGACUUCCUCAUCCUCGUCCUCAUCAUCAUCAUCGUCAUCCUCAGAUGAAGAGAUGGAAUCCCAGCUGCUGACAAAUGAGAGCUGCUCUCUGAGUAGUGUUCUGUCCCGAGACAACCUGCAGGCUUCAAUGCCACACCUCCUCGUUGAAGACAAAGAGGAGAGUGCCGCCAAGAUGAUGGAUACUUGCAAGCAUUUUCAUGGUAGAAACACUAAGACACAGCACGUACUGACAUGCACCUUCAUCCACUUCAAGUCAUGUGCUUUUCUCCCGCAUCAAGCACUGCAUUAUGGGAAGGAAUGGCUUGAUGGGCAUGCUAGUUGAUGUUUGCUGUAAGUAAAGUCCAUACCUUAGAUUCAGAAGGUGUGGACUUAUCCUCUUACCCCACAUUGUCCCAGUCAUUCCUACUCUUGCUUUGACUAUCUGAAUGCUAUGUUUGCAGUGGAAAAGUCUCCUUCUGUUGUGGCUCAGGUCGAAGCAGAAGAUGUUUGGAAGACGACACUUUCUGAUGAUUUCAGCCGACCACCGACCUCACCCGGCUGCGCAAGCUUUGACUUUGGGAACGCUCAAAAGUCAGAGGUCAUCAAAGAGUGAAGGCCUCAAGGCGCUACUGCUGAGGAAAGGGAGUUGCACAAACUCACCCUCUGGAAUGUGAAG